AUGUACCUCGUAUUUCAAUUGCAAUUCUUGAGCGAUUGGCUUUUUUGGGAUGAGUUCAUUUGUUGUUGUAUUUUAAGCUUGAACUCAAUCAACACAGUGUUAUCGCCUCUUGAAGAAUAUGCCCCUAUUAUCUUUAAACAUGAUACUCUUGCUCAUGUGAUUUCUCUUGAUAUGAUGUCUGGCAAGGUGUUAACAGGAAGAUCGUGUAAACCUUCUGCUGUUUUGAUGUUUAUGUUAUAUGAUCGUACCCUCUUUAUUUGACUCCAAAAACCAAGACUAUGUUUAUCUAUGUAAAGAUUCAAGGUCUCAAACUUGAUGCUUUUUAUGUUUAAAAUCUAUCCAACCAUAUUAGUUUUUUAAUCUCCAAAAUGUACUUAUUCGGUC